UGAUGCAUGGAUAGGGAAUUUUAGAAGAUUUUUUAAAUAAAACUAAAUAUAUAGGGUAAUUUAAGGAUGGAUAAAAAGAUGGAGAAGGAAUCUUUAAAAUAUCAGAUUAACAAGAGUAUUUAUAAUUAAUAAAUAGGAUUGAAGGUACAUUCAGGAAUGAUUAACCAUCUGGAAAAUGUAAAGAAAGGAUUUGUUAAGUUGUUGUUGAAAAUCUUAAAAAGAAUCUAAUAGAGACAUUAGAAGAAGGAGAAUACAAUAAUGGAAUUAAAACAGGAGUUUUUAGUUCAAUUACCACUUCUAAUGAUUUAAUAAUUUAGUAAUACACUAUUUCAUUAUAAUAAAGGAAAACCAAAUAUUAUGAAAAUGGUCAAUUAAUAUAUGAAGAGGAGGAUGAUUCAUGA